AUGGCUCUGCGGCGGGUGCUGGGGCUGGGGAGGGCCCUGGGGUGCCGGAGCUGCUGCUCCAAGCACCCACUGCCCCCGGACUUCGUGGAGGCCCUGAGGGCCGUGGUCGGGGGCCCCAACGUCUCCACGGCCACGGUGGUGCGCGAGCAGCACGGUCACGACGAGUCCAUGCACACCUGCGCCCCCCCGGACGCCGUGGUGUGGCCCCAGGCGGUGGGGCAGGUGCAGGAGCUGGCGGCGCUCUGCUACCGCCACCGCGUGCCCAUGGUGCCCUUCGGCACCGGCACCGGCCUCGAGGGCGGCGUCAAUGCUGUGCAGGGCGGCGUCUGCUCUGACCUGAGCCGCAUGGAUGCCAUCACGGAGCUGAGCCUCAAGGACGUCUCGGUGCUGGUGGAGCCUGCAUUCCCGGACGAGGUGAUGGCGGGUGCCUGCAGCCGCUUCAGCGGGCUGGAGCUGCCGGCAGCAACCACCCUCCUCCUGGAGCUCCACGGCUCCCGGCAUGGCCUGGCCAAGCAGCAGCGGCAGGCGGGUACAGAUGCCUCCCCAGGGAAGGAGGGGUUCGUUGUGGGGCUGCUGUCCUCCCCACCAUGCCCCACAGCCCCCAUGGUGGGACACGUGGGUGACAGCAACUUCCACUGCCUCACCUUCAACCCCCAGCACCCAGCUGCGGCCCAACACGUCCACGCCUUCUCCCAGUGCCUGGGCAGGCGGGCGCUGGCGGCGGGCGGCACCUGCACCGGGGAGCACGGCGUGGGGCUGGGCAAGCGGGCGCUGCUGCUGGAGGAGCUGGGCCGGGAGGGGCUGGACACCCUGCGCCGCAUCAAGGCCGCGCUGGACCCCCACAACCUCAUGAACCCCGGCAAGGUGCUCUGA